UGGGGGCGACAGGAGCACCCUCACAUGGACCGCACAAACAAGCCUUAACAUAAGCGAUGACAUCACUUCGCACAAAUUUCAAUUCCUGGAUGGCAGUUGGGCGCUAAUCCCACUUCCACGCCGGAUUUCUAAAACAAGGCGGCGGCGGGGACAGGCUGGCAAGCGGGACAACAACACCGGAUUGAGGAAACUGACCUACGCCGGCCGGGGGGCAAAGAACAAACUUGUUUAAAAAGCGCGGGGGGAGCAGCAUGCGAGCGCGAGCGGGCUGCUGCUGCUGCUGCUGCUGCUGCUGCUGCUGCUGCUGAGAUUGAUUGAAGCGCGCGCGCACUGACUGACUUGACUACUCCUCCUCGCGAGUCGGGUCGGCGCACCAUGAGCACCGCGUCCGCGCUUCUUCUCGUCACCGCGACCGUCGCGCUGGCGCUGCUGCAGCGGAACGCGCAGGGCUGGGCGCCCGGGGCCAAGUACCCGGCGUCGUGCCCGGCCAGCUGCAGCGUGGCCCUGUGCGGAGCUCCGCGCUGCGGGCGCACCGUGCUGGACGACUGCGGCUGCUGCCAGGUGUGCGCGGCGGCCAGGGGCGAGCACUGCUACCGCACCGUGUCCGGGAUGCACGGCGUCAAGUGCGGCGCCGGCCUCUUCUGCGAGUUCUACAAGGAGGAGGACGACUACGGGGACGAGUACGGCGUGUGCAAAGAGUGUCCGUACGGAAAGUAUGGGGUGGAAUGUCGCCAGACCUGCAACUGCAAAGCUGGAGGAGUCUGUGACAGAGUGACAGGGAGGUGCCUGAAGUUCAACUUUUUUGCAAAAUUAACAAACCAAGCCAGCAAAGUAAAAGGUCAACCCCAACCAGGCUCUGAGAUGGGUUCUGGGGACAGCACCAGCAGUGUGAGCGAGGACUUGCUUAAAGAGAGGUCUCCUGCUCCAAAUCGGCUCAAUCCUCGCUGACAUGCAUUAAUCUGAAGUUGUUUAUACUCUGUACAUGUAGCAAAGUAGGGAAUUAAAUAAUGCAAAAGAUAUAUUU